AUGGCCGAUUCAACAUCAUCAGGACCUAUUAUUACCUACUGCGUUGAGUACGCAGAAACCCAACUAUCUGUCUGUAAAUCAUGCAAUCGAGUCAUUCCAGCAAAAUCGUUGCGUGUAGGAGAGCUUUUCCGCAAGAACAAGAAAGAAAAAAAGAAGCAAGCCAAAUACUCUUGGUGGCAUUUCAAAUGCUGGACAGUUCCCAAGGUUUUGACUGUUCUCCCUAUUGAACAGUUUAGAGGUUAUCCUGCAUUGGGAAAGAAGGAUCAAGAGCGUGUUGAGCGCGUAAUUAAGCACGGCGAGGGCGCAUCGUGGAAGAGUGUUAAUGAAAAGGUCGUCAAGGAAGGCGAAGAGGAAGAAGAAGAGGAAGAAAAGCCAAAGAAGAAGCAAAAGAUCUCCAAGGAGGCCGAUGAGGAUGUUGAUUUGACAGAUAUUUUGACUGGUGUACAGGCCAAUAACAAAUCAGCGGAUAGUAAGGCAAAGAAGACAAAGAACGCAGAAAAGGCAGGAAAGACAGAAAAGGCAGUAAAGGGAACAAAGACCGAGAAGCCGGCUACCAAGAAAAAGGCCAAGGCUGAAGCUCCCAAGGUUGAGGAAGAGCCUAAGCAGGUAUUGCUCCCCAAGGAGGAUCAGCUUGAAUUGGAGAACAUUGCCAACGAAAUUCAGGCUUCUUUCAAGGCCGAUCAGAAGGCUAAAAGAUCAAGAGCAUAA